AUGUCUUUCUCCAACCCUGAGGAUGCCCCCCAAGAGCCUGAGCCAGAGCCCUCAACCUCCAAGAAGAAAAAGAAGAGAAAGCAGCCACAACAAGAGGCCAGCAUCCAAGCCCUCACCAGGGCUGGCCACGGAGCCCUACUGGCUGGCCGGAACCACGAAGCUUUGACCAGCUUCCAGAGGGCCUUCAUCCUGGCCUCUGAGGCCCCACAAACUCGGGACACCCCUGUUCUCCGGGCCUGUGCCUUCAACCUGGGGGCCGCCUACGUGGAGACUGGGGACCCAGCCAGAGGCCUUGAGCUGCUCCUGCGAGCCCAACCUCAAGAGAAGGUGCAGGGCGGGUGUCCUGGCGACCAGUGUUUCAACGUGGCUUUGGCCUACCAGGCCCUGGGCAAGCUGCCUCAAGCUUUGGCUUGGUACCACAGGGCCUUGGGUCACUACCGGCCACUCGGUGACCAGGGGCAAGCCCAGGCAAAAAUGGGAGCCUGCUACCAGGCUCUGGGACAGCCUGAGCUAGCAGCCCGCUGUCUGCAGGAGGCCAGCCGGGCCUAUGCCCAAGCAGGGCAGCCCCAGGCUGCAGCCCUGGCCGCAGGGGCUGUGGCGGGGUGCAUGCUGGAGAGCGGGCGGCAUGGGGUGGUUGAGGUGGUGCAGGUGCUGGAGGAGAGCCAGAGGCUUGCCGAAAGGAGCCCCGAGCGGGGACUGCUGGGGCAGCUCUAUAACGACCUCGGCCUGAGCUACUCCCAGCUCCGACUGUUCCCGCUAGCAGCAGAGGCCUUCCUGCGGGCCCUGCCCCUGUGCCGGGGGCCAGGAGAGGAGGCCACGGUGCUGAGAAACCUCGGGGCGGCCCACAGUGCCCUCGGCAACUAUCAGGAAGCCCGGGACUUUCACCAGAAGGCUGCUGACCUGCACGGCUCUGUGGGGCAGCGGCGGGAGCAGGGCCGGAGCUUCGGCAGCCUAGCAUUUGCACUGAGCCAGCUGGGGGACCACAGAGCAGCCCGAGACAGCUACCUGCAUGCCCUGCAGGCUGCCCGGGACACCGGGGACACGAAGGGGCAGUGGCAGGCCUGCGAGGGGCUGGGGGCUGCGGCAGCCAGACUGGGGCAGCACGACCAGGCCUUGCGGUACUAUAAGGAAGCUCUGGCCCGGAGUCAGAAGGAGCCAGACUCUGUGCGGGAUCGGCUGGUGGCCAAGCUGGCAGACGCCAUGAAGACCCACUUGGCCCAGGCUGGGCUUGUCCCCACGUACACCCUGACUUCGGCGCUGGGGAGGCCCCAGGCUCCAGGUGCAGCCAGGCCCCCAGCCAGGGCGGGAAGGGGCAGAGCAGAAGUGCUGCACAGGUCUUCGGGUGGGUGGGAAGAAGAAGAGUGUGUGGAGGGCCAGGAGGAGAGAGAGGACCAGCCACCACCCGAUGUCCCCGUGGCGUCUUGGGCACAGAGACUGGAGUCUUUCUCUUUCCACCGUGUGAUUCUUGGUGCAGAGAGGCCUGUGAUAAAUGUGCCUGUCUCUCUCCAUCCAGGUCCAGGACCUGGGGCCCAUCUCCUGCUUGGAGGCCAAGGCCCCCUCCAAAUGGAGCAGCCUGGCAUUCUGGUACCCAAUGGCCCCCAAGCCAAUAGGUCGUCCAGAUGGCCCAGGGAAACCCCCUGCAGAAACCCUCAGAGGAGACCCACGGAGUCUGGCUUCUGUGUGAUAACGUGA